AUGCGUGCCUCCCCCCUGAUCGGCCUCAUUGGCGUCGCCAAUGCGGUCUGUCCAUACAUGUCCGGCGGGCUUGAACGCCGAGACUCGUCCGAUGCCGCUUCGUCCACCGAGGAAUUCCUGUCUCAGUACUAUCUGGACGACAAUGACGCGUUCCUCACCAGCGAUGUGGGAGGUCCCAUUGCCGAUCAAAACAGUCUCCAAGUAGGAGAUCGGGGUCCAACCCUACUGGAGGAUUUUAUCUUCCGGCAGAAAAUCCAGCGGUUUGACCAUGAGCGUGUCCCUGAACGCGCGGUGCAUGCUCGUGGGGCCGGUGCCCACGGCGUCUUCACCUCGUACGGUGACUACUCCAACAUCACGGCGGCUUCGUUCCUGUCGGAGAAAAACAAGGAGACACCUGUUUUUGUGCGAUUCUCGACAGUGGCUGGCAGCCGGGGUAGCUCGGACCUGGCUCGGGAUGUUCACGGAUUUGCGACUCGCUUCUAUACCGACGAGGGUAACUUCGAUAUUGUCGGCAACAACAUCCCCGUUUUCUUCAUCCAGGAUGCUAUCCUAUUCCCGGAUCUGAUCCAUUCGGUCAAGCCCCGGGGUGACAAUGAAAUCCCCCAGGCAGCUACUGCCCAUGACUCAGCCUGGGAUUUCUUCAGCCAACAGCCUAGUGCGCUGCACACGCUCUUCUGGGCUAUGGCCGGCCACGGAAUUCCCCGUUCAUUCCGCCAUGUUGACGGGUUUGGUGUGCACACCUUCCGUUUCGUGACCGACGACGGGUCCACCAAGCUGGUCAAGUUCCACUGGAAGUCGCUGCAGGGUAAAGCCAGCUUGGUCUGGGAAGAAGCACAACAGGUGUCGGGCAAGAAUGCAGACUUCAUGCGCCAGGAUCUGUUCGAUUCGAUCGAGGCGGGUCGUUUUCCCGAAUGGGAGCUCGGUGUCCAAAUCAUGGACGAAAAGGACCAGCUGCGUUUUGGCUUCGACGUGUUUGAUCCUACCAAGAUCGUGCCAGAGGAAUACGUGCCCAUCACCAAACUGGGCAAGAUGACCCUGAACCGCAACCCGCGCAACUACUUCGCCGAGACCGAACAGGUGAUGUUCCAACCAGGCCAUAUCGUCCGUGGCGUCGACUUCACCGAAGACCCUCUGCUUCAGGGUCGUCUCUUCUCGUACCUUGACACUCAGCUGAACCGACAUGGCGGUCCCAAUUUUGAGCAGCUGCCAAUCAACCAGCCUCGCGUUCCCAUCCACAACAACAACCGCGACGGCGCUGGCCAAAUGUUUAUCCCGCUCAACCCCAACGCAUACACCCCCAACACCUCCAACAAGGGCUCUCCCAAGCAAGCCAACCAGACCGCCGGCCGAGGAUUCUUCACAGCCCCCAACCGCGCGCCCAGCGGCCCCCUGACGCGAUCUGUCAGCCCGUCCUUCCAGGACGUCUGGUCCCAGCCGCGUCUCUUCUACAACUCUCUCGUGCCCACCGAGCAACAGUUCCUGAUCGACGCCAUCCGCUUCGAGACCUCCAACCUCAAGAGCCCUGUUGUCCGCAACAAUGUCAUCGUCCAGUUGAACCGCGUCGACAACGACCUCGCACGUCGCGUCGCCCGCGCCAUCGGCGAAAAAGAGCCCUCGCCUGACCCGACCUUCUACCAUAACAACAAGACCGCCGACGUCGGCGCGUUCGGUCAGCCGUUGAAGAAACUCGACGGUCUAAAGGUCGGCUUCUUGGCGUCCGUGCAGACUCCCGACUCCAUCGAGGCCGCUUCGACCCUGCGCUCGCAGCUCAAGGACGCUGGCGUGGACGUCGUCGUCGUCGCGGAGCGUUUGGCCGACGGCGUCGAUCAAACCUACUCCGCUUCGGACGCCAUCCAGUUCGAUGCCGUUGUGGUCGCCAACAGGGCUGAAGGUCUCUUCGCCCCGUUGUCGUUCACCGCCCCUUCCAACUCCUCUGCUUCAUCUACCCUGUUCCCUGCUGGUCGUCCGCUGCAGAUCCUCAUCGAUGGGUUCCGGUUUGGUAAGCCCGUCGCUGCCCUGGGUAGUGCUUCUUCGGCUUUCCGCUCUUCGGGUAUCUCCUCGUCUCGUGAGGGUGUCUAUGUCGCGCAAUCAGUGACUGAUGAUUUCGUCACUGAUGUCAAGAACGGUCUACGCACAUUCAAGUUUUUGGAUCGCUUCGCCCUGGAUAACUAG